UCCCUCGUCCUGCCGUUGUGACAGCGAAGGACAAUGGCUUCUUCAGAUCUGGAAGACUUGUGCUUUCACAUCAACAUGAAGAUUUCCACUAUUAAAAAGACUCUGCAAUUAAGAAGCAUAGGUCAAGAACCAUCCUUCAAGUCUAUGCUCUGUAAAAUAGGACACGAGAUGGUUCUCUUGCAUGAUCUCCUGAAUAAAAUGGAAAUAGAAGUUCAACAGCAAGAAAAACUGAAGAAUUUGCUCAAAGAGCUCCAGAAGUCCGCUGAGAGAGAUCAAAGCGAAGCACAGCACCUCCGCGAAAACAUUCCCCUCCAUCUGCCUAAACCGACUCAGAGCUGCGUCGCUGUGAAAAGCGAGGAGCAAACGAAAGCCGCCGAACCUGAGCACGCGAAAAAACCCGCCAAGGAGCCGAGAUUUAUUAAGGAAGCAUCCUUAAUAACCACGGAAGAAUUUGAAAGUGUUCCCGCGUAUAUGAAAGGCCGCUUGACGUACGAUCAAGUCAACGCAGUCGUUCAAGACCUCAACAAGGCCGUGGUGGGCAAGUACAAGAUCCUGCACCAGCCUUUGAAAUCCAUGAAUGCGGCGGUCAGAAACCUCUACCACCGAUUCCUGGAAGAGGAAACUAAGGAUACGAAAGGAGAAUUCUUUGUCGUGGAGGCCGAUAUCAAAGAGUUCACCCAGCUGAAAGUGGAUAAGCGCUUCCACAGGAUCCUCAACAUCCUGCGCCACUGCCAGCGGGUGAGGGAAGUCCGCGGCUCGCGCCUCGUCCGCUACGUCAUCUGCUAAGGAGCCUUCUGGAUUCUGCUCACCCCAGCUGCGUGGGAUAUGAAGGGGGUUCAUCAUCU